AUGCAAGUUGCAAGCUCUCGGGUACCACCCUACCUAGGAGGCAGCAUGUGCGCAUACGGACGUUGGCAGAGGGACACGACGGAUUCUGUUGUCUCUUUCGCCGAAGAGCGUGGUGGGUGGUUCCAACUUCCAAGCGUCUAUAACCAACGUAGUAGGUAUGAAGACGGAGAGAGUCGCAUGGGCUGCAAUACUCGCCAAUACCAGGCGCUCCGUUCGAUCGAUCAGGCCAAGUGUAUCCGUAUAGUACCUAGGUACCAGACGGAAGAACACUACGUGUAUGUCGAUGAAGUGGGCCAUUCUGAUCACGACUAUCCAUACCACGGGUCGGGUCCUCAUGCACUCUGUAAACGGGGCAAGGAAAAAGAAAACACUGAUACUGAGGGAUCCACACAGCAGGGAGCAUCCUCCGAUAACUAUUCCGAACCGAGUCUUAGGACACUCUUUCUCGGUCAUCAAUAUCAGGUGUCGACGCUGUCAUAAAAUGAUGUACGGGUACAGGC